CACUCAUCGGAAGAAGGGGGGAAAAAGAGGGAGAGAAAAAGAAAGAGAUGAUGCAGUUCGUGGUUCAGAGCCAGAGAACAUUCAUGGCGACGCGUCUUUCUUUGAGGCUGAUGCGAUCAUCAAUGACCCAAAGAGCCUCAUUUUCUUUUUCUGCCAUGAAAUGGGAAGGUGGGGUUUCCAUGGUUCAGGGUGCUUCCAGAGGAAUCGGCCUCGAAUUCGUUAAACAGCUGCUCGAGAAUAAUGAGAAAGGGCAUGUUGUUGCUACUUGCCGUAAUCCUAGGGGAGCAACAGGGCUUCAUGAUCUCAAAAAUAAGUUUGUUGAACGCCUUAGUAUUCUACCGUUGGAUGUGACCGUUGAAAGCACCAUCGAGGAAUCUGCAAAGUCGAUUAGAGAAAAAUAUGGCUCUUUAAACCUUCUAGUAAAUGCAUCAGGGAUUCUGUCACUACCUGAUGCACUGCAACCAGAAACAACACUGACCAAGGUUCAGAAAUCAUCGUUGAUGCUUGCUUACGAGGUUAAUGCUGUGGGUCCUAUUUUGGUGAUCAAGCAUAUGUGGCCUCUUCUAAAGAUUGGAGGAGGUUCAGGGACUGAACGAGAUGUUGCAAUUGUGGCCAACAUAAGUGCUAGGGUGGGAUCUAUUGGGGAUAAUCGCCUAGGGGGUUGGCAUUCUUAUCGAGCUUCAAAAUCUGCACUUAAUCAGCUGAACAAAACCAUAUCUGUGGAGUUUGCAAGGAAGAAGGAUCCGGUAAUAUCCAUUUUGUUGCAUCCGGGCACGGUGGACACAGAUCUCUCUCGGCCAUUUCAGAGAAAUGUUCCUGAAGGCAAGCUUUUCACCAAAGAAUACUCAGUGCAGAAGCUUUUACACAUAAUUGAUAACGUAAAGAGCAGCGACAAUGGGAAGUUUUUCGCCUGGGACGGCCAGGAAAUUCCAUGGUAAAAAGUCCGGCUCUUCUUGAAUUGAAAUUCCUUUGGAGUGUCCAUUGUCAAAGAGGCAAACUGAUUGAGCCGUUAAUUUGUUUAUUCUUUAAUUUGAGCUAGUUGAUUAUGUUAGUAGAUCCAUUGGUUUCGAAACAUAUUUGCUACCAGAAUGCGGAGAAUUCUUAGGUAGGAUAUGGAAAGAUAAUCUACAUGUAGGACACAGUUUUUAACCGAUGUUCCGCAAAUUCCCAUUAAGCAGUCACACUUUUAUAACUUCCAUUAUGAUUCUGAUUACCUACUGGUAGGUA